UGCCUACAAUUGUUGGCCGAUGCCCUUUCCUCUCCCAGGAAGGACUUGCACCCAGUAAAGGAGGGAAGCAGCUCGGGGAAGGAUGCGCUUUACGCUGCUGUGCUGCAUUCAGGGAGAUUCGGCACAAACGGAGGGCCUGGGAAGCACCCAGCUCCACUAUCUCCUCCUUUUCCUCCCCCCCUGCAGGACCAUGCUUGCGUGAGGGAUGAGGCCGUGCACAGGGACGCCAGGCCAGAGCUGCGGCCUACACCUGACAAGAGCCGGUCCCCCGACUGCAAGAAGACCCGCGGACACCUUAUCACCAUCAAAUCAGCAUCUUUGGGCAUCAGGUAGAUCCAGGAGCAUGAGCAGGACUUUGAGCUGCGGGAGCAGAUGUCUGGGUAUAAGCGCAUGCGGCGACAGCACCAGAAGCAGCUGAUCGCCCUGGAGAACAGGCUAAAGGCCGAGAUGGAUGAGCACAGGCUCAGGCUGCAGAAGGAAUUAGAAACGCACGCAAACAACACUUACAUCGAGCUGGAACGGCUGGCCAAACGGCACGUUGCUCAAACAGAUAAAGAGAUGAAGUCAGUUGCAUCAGAAGAAAGAAGGAUUCAGCAACAAAUUGUUGCUCAGCAAAAGAAAGAGCUGACUUCGUUUUUAGAGACUCAGAAGAAGGAGUACAGGCUUUGCAAAGACAAGAUCAAGGAUGAGAUGGGUGAAGACCUUUGUUUCACCAAGGAGGAGAAGCAGGAGCGUCUGUCUCGGUACAAAGAAACGGUGCAGCGCUCCCAGGCUGAGGAGGAGGCUCACCUGCUGGCCCAGCAGAGGCUGGUCUACGACCGCAGCUGCCGGGCCCUCAAACGUCGGAGUCUUAUCAGGCGGCACGAGUUUGAACAGGAACAGCUGAGGGAGGAGCUGAACAAGAAGAGGACGCAGAAGGAGAUGGAGCAUGCCCUGAUGAUCCGACAGGACGAGUCCACCCAGGACCUGGAGCGCCGGCAGCUGCAGAUGCUGCAGAAGCUGCGAGUAGAACUCAUGCGGCUGCAGCACCAGACGGAGCUGGAAAACCAAGAGGAGUACAACAGCCGACGGCAAACAGAACUACACAGAAAACACACUCUGGAGCAGCGGCAGCAGCCCAGAAACCUCAAGAUGCUGGAGAUGCAGAUCAAGAAACAGUUCCAGGACACGUGCAAGGUGCAGAACAAGCAGUACAAGGCUCUUAGGAACCAUCAGCUGGAAGUGUCUCCCAAAGGGGACCACAAAACAAUCCUCAAGAACCUGAAGGAGGAGCAGACACGCAAGCUGGCUAUUCUGGCUGAGCAGUAUGAACAGAGCAUCAAUGAAAUGAUGGCUUCACACGCGAUGCGAUUGGAAGCAGAGCAGGAAAGUGAGUGCCAAGCUCUGAAGCAGCAGCUGAAGCAGGAGAUGGAGCUCCUGGACGCCUACCAGAACAAAACCAAGUCACAAAUGGAGGCCCAACAUGAGCGGGAGCUGCAGAAACUUGAGCAGAAGGUUUCCAUACGGAGAGCACACUUGGAACAGAAGAUUGAAGAGGAACUGGCUGCUCUCCAGAAGGAGCGGACUGAAAAGAUCAAGCACUUGUUGGAGCGUCAGGACAGAGAAAUGAGCACUUUUGACUCAGAAAGCAACAGCCUCGGUUUCGGAAGCCUCGGAUCUCUGGACUUCCCCAAAGAAGACAACAGAUGA